UCACUCGUGUUUACAGAGUUGUACAUUUAACACUUCUUUUGCAAGUGGUCAGUGGGUAUAGACUGUGGUCUUGUCGUACUUGAAACUUAUUUUAAUACCAUGUGCGAAGAAGUCAAAUUAUUUACUAGGGAGGAACUCAAAAGCCGCAACUCUCGUGAAGACGCGAUACUUAUCAUCCAUAAUGGUGUAUAUGAUGUUACAAAGUUUCUAGAUGAGCAUCCCGGGGGAGAAGAGGUGCUCCUGGAGCUGGCGGGCCAAGACGCGACGGAGCCCUUCGAAGACGUCAGCCAUAGUUCGGACGCCAGAUCUUUGAUGAAGAAAUACAAAAUCGGUGAGUUGGUGGAAGCGGACCGCACGCAGACGAAGGCGGCCUUCUCCCCGCAGUGGAACAACGACCAGCAGCAGGAGCAGGGCAAUUCCUGGAGCUCGUGGAUGGUGCCGCUGCUGCUCGGCGUGGCGGCGACGUUGCUGUACCGAUACAUGUUCUUGUAGUCUCGGUAAUAAAGGCUAUAAUAAUAUGUGUACAAACAUACUAUACAGGAAAUUCAUAUAUUCGAAUGCAUAAGGGCAUUCGAAUCAGAAGAGUUUUCUACAACGGAUAUAGAUAUAUUGCCGACGGCCACGUUUGAUUAUGCCCAUUACAGUCGUACAGCUUGAAACAUUUGUGCCUUAAUUUAUUUUUUUUGUAAUCAAUUUAUGUUGGACUUUAUUGAAUCCGUGUUUUUAUCUAAUGAUUGCAGACAGCUAUUGUUUCUUUAAAAACGUUUUUUGUAUAAGACAAAAGUGGAGUCUCCAUGCCAAUUAUUUUGAAUUAAGAAUAUGGAUUCGAGUUCAUAUUUCUAAUUAUUUAUAUUUAAAACAAGUAUUCUAAUAUUAAAAAUUACUUAUAUUGACAAUUUAUUGUAAAUAUCUUUAUAGCAUGAUCUGAAAUGAGCACCUAAUCUAUUUUGCUUGAUUGCAAUACCGGAAGUUUAUUCAGCCGAAUAGUUUCUAAAAAAAGAUUCUCAAUGAGUAUUAAAUGUAUACCUACAUUGUACAAAACUGCAUUUAUUACAUCUAUAUGAAGUCCUAAUACUAUUUAGUCCUGUUGUUGUUACUCAACAAGAUUUAGAAAUUUACAUUAUACAGAAUAUAUUUACGUACCUAUUUGACAUCGUCGGAAAAAAUAUUUUAUCUCUUGACUUAAAAACUCCAUAAUUAAUUGUGGAUAAAAUUAUGUAAUUUUUAAUUAUUACUUGUCUUAUCUGUUGCUGGGACUUGGUUUAUAAAAUAGUUUAAUAGUAAGUUUUUUUUUGUGUGUUUAUAUUUUCACAUGAGGUGCUGAGUAUUAUAUGGCGUGUUAAUGUCAAUUAUUAUGAAUGGUGUUUAGAUAAAGAUUUUUUACUUGCA